AUGACACUUCACAACAGCAACAGCAACAACAACUACGCUUCGGGUAACGGGAGGUGGCACAAUAUAAUGGUUCGACCCUACAUCGGCAAUGCCACUAUCAGCAUCGCUCAACGUGAGCAUCCCUAUUAUACAUCAAGAUUGCCGGGAGCAUACCGACCAGAACAGAACGGUGUCCAACCUUCUGGACAUACUGUCUCGUCUUCCGGUCCCGUGGACACCAGUUCAGUGCCAAAUGAACGAACAGCUACCACGGCAGCACUCGUUGAGACCCCGGACGAUGAUGACGACGAUGACGAUGACGACUAUGAUUAUGACUCCGGAUUCUGCGAAGAGAUGAGCGAGAACGACAGUGACAGCACAAUGAACGAUGACACCCCGGACUCGUCUGUCGACAGUGGUGAAGAAGCCAAUGAUGGAGACAAGACAACUGCAAUUCCAUCAGCCACCGACGCUCAACAUGAGGACCUCGCCAGCCUCACCCAGCAGCUGAACUCCGCCAAGACUUACCUCGCCAAAGUAAAGAACCUGAUGUCUAAGACCAGGGAAACCCUUGAUCUUGUCGACGUCGAUGAGGAAGCUGUGUUCGCUAAUUACGCAAACCCCGAUAUCUCCGCUGCAGAAGCGGAAAGGUACUCCUUAGAAAAGAAGCUUGUGUUGGAUAUUCUCAAAAGAAAGUCAACCAGCAUGUAUGGUGCUGAUCUUGAUCCGGAUUUCCAGCAGGCUUUGGACAACGCCGCGGCUACACUUGCUGAAGCAAGAGUGGACACCAUCAAACAGCACGAAAAGUCUAUGCAGCUCCAUCAUGCCCUCAAUUACAUCAAGUGGGAAAGGACAUUGGCGGAGCUUGAGAUCAAGGACUCCAACAGGUCUAUUCAUUCUAUUCACAAGCAGAUUAAGGAACUGAGUCAGAAGAUCAAAGCUAUCAAAAUCAUCGAUCAAGUCAAUGCACUUGGGGUCGAAGGGAUCAAGACGCUGAUGGCAACUGGGAAUGAGACUCUGGAGUGGUCUUUCGGAAUCAAAUCUGACGUCAAGGACGAGGAUGAAAAGUGCCCAUGCUGUGAUUCUGACAUAGGGGAAGAGGACGAGUGUGAUUCCUGUCAUUGCGACUGCGAAGAAGAGGCCAACUAG